GAAAUAAAGAAACUUACACUUAACUUAACAAUUACAUUUUUGUAAUGUUUUAUUUUUACCAAAUUUGUAAAGUUAAUGUGUUUUCCAUUAAUUUUCUCGAAUUACAUUUUAAUGGUUUCAUAAAAUUGUAAUAAUCAAAAGCAUCUCUAAUUAAUUGAUUUUAUUAAAAAAAAUUAUUAAAAAAAUUAUUUAUUAUUAUUUUAUUUACUUAUUUCAGAAAUAUUGUGUAAUUACAUUCAUUCUGGUAAAUAAAUUCUGGUUAAUAAUUUUUAUGCUAAAUAUUCUUUAAAGAAUAAUGUUUUAAUAAUAGUUUUAUUUGUAGUAGUAGUACUAGCACUACAUUGAACGCCUCAUGAAAUCAGAAUUUAUACUAUCUGCUUUGUUAACACACUGACCUACUUUUGAUUUAUUCAUCCAAAAUUUUGCAAAUUCCGUAACAUUCCACAUUAUACAGUAAAUUCCAUUUUUAUAACUUGAUUCCAUGAUUCUGUCCAUAUUUUCUGCAUAAAGUAGUAAUAUAAAGUACUAAUACAUUAAAGUAGGGCUGUAGCUAUCAAAUAUUUUAGUAAUCGAGAAUUCUACCGAAAAUGCCAUCGAUUAAUCGAUUAAUCGGAUAAGAAGUACUUUUUCUUUUUUUAAAUAGCAAUACUAAAUAUACAAGAGAAAAUAAGACAGGUCUCUUAAAAUGAACAAGUAAUUUGUUUCCUUUUUAGAAAAAUUAAAAUUUUUAUUGCUGAAAUUGCAUAUAUUAAUAACUGUGAAAACUAAACCCAUUUAGUGCAUUUAAUUGCCAUAUUACAUUCAAAAUGCAAAUACAAAUACAAAUAUAUAAAAAUAUAAAAAUCUAUUUCAAAUUACUUUAAAAAAGGUAAACAUAGUACAACCUAAAACUAAGACAUGAAUCAAAAUAAUAGUAAUAAAAAAUAGGGUCCCACUUUAUAUUAGGUGGCCUUAACUACUGUGUACUUACAUUUAAAUUAAUCAUUUGGUACAAUGCACUUAUUGUGUACAUACAUGUACUUAUAUUUUUAAGAAUACCUAUAUGUAGUUACAUCUGUAAUUCAUUUCUGUAAUUACAUUUAUAAUUACACUGUUGACCCAUCCCUUACACCUUAACCCACCCUUAAACCAACCCAUACCACCAAACCUGUCCCUAACCUUACCCGUAUCCCACCUCAAUAGCAGCAAAAGUGUUUUGCAAUACAAUAUGAACACAAUAAGUACAUUGUACUUAUUUUUUGAUGCAAGUACAUAGUAGUUAAGGCCACCUAAUAUAAAGUGUGAGCAAAAAUAAUAAUAAAACCUAAACAUUGUGCAACUUAACUUUCAAAUUUCAGGCUAACUACAGCUCAGGCAUGACAUGAGCCUUUACUGUCUUCUUAGAAGGCUUUGUGGCUUUUGUAAGAGGCAAAACUUAGUGGGCAGGAAGCUAACGUGGAACAAAAAAAAGAGUCUAUACACAUAACAUUUAUUAACACAUUUUUUCAGCAACAUGAAUUUAAAGUUAUUUGGAGAAUAAACCCUCUUAAAUGUCUCUCUGCAUACUGGUGUGUGUGUGUGUGUGUGUGUGAUGUGUGUACCAGUCUUUUAUAUUCAGGUGGGGACUUAAACCUGAAUACACACAGACUCAUGGGGACUCAUGGUGGGGACCUAAAUUGAGGUCUCCACGGGUAAACAAGCUAAUAAAUCACACAGAAUGAAGUUUUUUGAAAAUCUAAAAAUGCAGAGAGUUUCCUGUAAGGGGUAGGUUUAGGUGUAGGGUUGGUGUAGGGUGAUAGAAUAUACGGUCUGUACAGUAGAAAAACAUUACGCCUAUGGAGAGUCCCCACAAGGAUAGCAAACCAGACAUGUGUGUGUGUGUGUGUGUGUGUGUGUAAUCCUUUAAAGGAGCAUGUGGUUACAGUAAACGGUAGGGAUGCACCGAAAUGAAAAUUCUGGGCCGAAACCAAGAAUUCUGGAUGUGCUUGGUCGAAAACCGAAACAGAAAAUACUUUGUAAUAAUUAUUUAUUUUAUUAAAUAAUAGAAAUUAAUUUUGUAAGACUUUUUAAUUUAACUCAAUUUUAAUGAUACAGAAUUUAAAAAAACACAAGCCAAUAAAACAACCACACUUUUAUUGAAAGAAAAUUGGACAGAAAAUAUAUUAAUAUUAAAUAUCAAUGUAUUAUUUUUAUUCAGUUCUAUGCAACAGAAUCAGACAUAACUGUUGUUGUUGUUGUUGUUGACUAAUUAUCCAAAUAAUGUAUAGUCCUGUAAACAAGGUUUUUCCUUUAUCAAAAUGCGGCAGAGGUGGUACCAUUCUGAUCACGUGCAUUGUGCACACAAUGUACCCACCCUUUAAGUGGCUGAAACAAACACUUUUUACACACAACAUAUUUUAGGUGUUAUAAUAAUUAAUAGCUAUGAUUAAAGAAAAUGACAAUUAUAAAGUUAUGUUUUUUCUCUCACCUAAUGUUUUAUUGUUAUUUAUUCUUAAAAUAGCCUUAUUAAAUGUUUUCUUUUCCCCCAGAAAUUCUGUGUUGUGUAUCUGGAUUUCAAAUGAAGGCAUAAAACAUUAAUUUCAUUUAUCUUUAAAUUAUUGAAAAUUAAACUUUUUGGCAAACAAAGUGGAUUUACUAUUACAAUCAUGGAAGAAAUGUGUGAUAAUUCCUUAAAAAAUAAAGUUUUCAUAAUUUUAGUAGUAUGUACAUUCUGCUGAACAAAUAUAUUUCUGCUGCAAUGUCUUCAAAUUAAACCGGACUUUUAUUUUGACGGGUUACCGUGAAUACCUUUAAAUUUCUGUGUGUAUAUGAUAUGACCAACCUGAUAUGACGCUAGUUUUACUCAAAUGAAACGGUGAAACGCUCAUGAAGUGACUCUCAGAGCAGUUCUGGAGAUGUUGUUUGUGUGUUUAUGUCCUCAUUGAGACGGCAGACGCUGAAAUCACCGCGAGCGUCACGCGCGCUGCAGUGUGUGUGUGUGUGUGGUAAAGGAAAACGCGCGUCUCUGCCAUUCAUUCAUACAGAGAGAGAUAUGAUCGCGUAAUAUGAGUUAAUGCUCAUCAGAUCGCGUAAAUCAGUGGGAAAUGAAUAGAAAUGAUGAUUCUCUGUAAAGAAAUAUCAAGUAAACAUGUAUAACAAAGAUGAUUUUUUUGUUUUCGAGUUAGCCUACUGGAGGAAUCGUUUCAGCCCUACAUUAAAGGUGCUGUUUGGCUCAUGGGAGAGUUUCUAUGGGUUACAUUAAACCAGGAUUUGUUGUGCUGGCCACAUUGGCCACAUUAUUUUUGUGUAUUUUUGCUUAUAUUUAUGAUUUCUCUCUCAUGCCAGUCACUCACCCUCGUACCUGGUUUAACAUUGUAAACCAAACUAAAUUAUAUAAUGCGGUGUCUGGGGGCUUGUCUGGCAAAAUCAAUGUCUGGAAUUUUUUAACUAAUCAACAAACUAUUGGAAUAUCUACCACAGAGAAAAAAACCACUGCAUCCAUUAGAACAGAAUACAUUUUUAUUCACCAAUAUGUAGCACAUCCUAGCAACUAUCAUUUCAUUCUGGACGAACCUGAUAAAUGUAAGCAGGAUCCGUUCCUGGUCUUGAUGGUCCCUGUGGCCCCCCAUGAGGUAAAUGCUCGUAACGCCAUCCGGAGCACAUGGGGGAAUGAGAGCUCAGUGCAGGGAAAAGCAGUGCUGACUCUGUUCUUGGUGGGUUUGACUGGAGGAGCUGAAGCUCAACAGCAGCUGGAGGAAGAGAGUCGACAACACAGAGAUUUACUGCAGAGCAACUUUGUGGACUCCUACUUCAAUCUGACCAUAAAGACGAUGGUGAUCAUGGACUGGUUGGCCACUCGUUGCUCUCAAGCGACUUUUAGUAUGAAGGUUGAUUCUGACAUGUAUAUAAACCUGGAGAACCUGAUGAGCGUCUUACUGUCACCCAACACACCCAGACAGAACUACAUCACAGGCUAUUUGAUGUGGGACCAGUAUGUCAUCAGAGACAAAAACUCAAAAUGGUACGUUUCAGUGGAGCUGUACCCCGAAUCGAAAUACCCAACGUAUGUGCUUGGAAUGGGAUAUGUUUUCUCCAAUGAUCUUCCUCCUAAAAUAGUGGAGGCUUCUGAAGCCAUAAAGCCCUUUAACAUAGAGGAUGCGUAUGUGGGCGCUUGUCUGAAACGGUUAGGCAUAAAUCCCUCUGGCGCUCCAAAUCCUUCUCAGUUUCGCACCUAUGUGAAUGAUCCUAAAAGUACGGACCUUUCCAAGCUCAUUACAGCAAUCGCGGGGUCACCGGAGAAGGUAAUAGAGUUCUGGCAAAAUGUGAAAGGACACAAAUGAACAGAUGAUAAAGCAGCACACAAAGAUCAGGAAUGAGCAAAAUGAAGAUACAGUACGUCUUCUGUGAAUGAAUGGCUACGAUACACUCGAAAGGCAGUGAUGUCUCGGAGAGAUUCAGUAGCAAAAUCGAUUGCUGUGGAAUACAGGACAGUGAUAGUACUUUGCUCAUAUGAAAUAAAAUGAACAUUAUAAUACAUUAUUACAAUGGCAUUUAAAAGUGUCCACAAAGACACAUGUGCCUAAAUGUAACAGAGUGAAAACAUAUAUUGCAUGUUUUAAAUAUAUUUAAAUAUAAUAACAAAUAAAUAGCACAUUUAAGGUAAAUUAGUAUUAUUAUUUACACAUUAACGUUGACACAGUCAUGAGGUUUUUUCUGCAUCACUUAAAAUUAAAAAAUACUUGGUAAUGGUAAUGUAUUAGUAUGUAUCGGUAGCCUAAUGUAACAUUCAUCAAGUAUUAUAAGUUAUCUUUAUUUGGGGGCUUUUCUCAGUAAACGUUGAAUGAAUGAAUGAAUGAAUGAAUGAACAGUGCCUUGAGAAAGAAUACCUACCUGUCACCGCCUGUUCACGCAGAUAUAGGCUACUGCAGACUGAGUGAGAAUGGAAGGUGUUAUUACUGUAAUCACUGUUGGGGAAAGUUACUUUUAAAAGUAAUGCAUUACAAUAUUGCGUUACUCCCUAAAAAAGUAACUAAUUAAUUACAUUACUUAGUUACUUUUUAUGGAAGGUAAUGCGUUACAUUAUUUUUGAGUUACUUUUUAAAUCUGGGCAGGGCUUGCUUGUUUGUUUUUAAUAUAAAAAAGUUCUUCUUUUACAAAUGUAAAAGCUCUUUCACAACAAAAGUGAAAUGAAUACGCUUCAGGCUGAAGGAAAUGUAAAUUCAUGUCUGUACAGUAGAGGGCGCAGCUCAAACAAAUUGCAUAAAUAAUAUAACGCAGGAGAAGAAAGUUCAACACUACAAAAAUGAAACACAAAUGUGUAAUUUUUGCUUCGUAUGGCUGAAUUGGAUCAUCAAAGAUCAGUAGCAAAAAAUAUUGGUUAAAAAAAUGGAAUUAAAUACAUAAAUUAUAUUUGUUUUAUUUGACAUUUAAUUAUUGCAGGUUUGUAUAAAACUCUGAGUUUCCAUUUGACUGUUUUUAUUCAUUUUGAGGAAUACUGAAUCUGUUUUUGUGCAGGUGGGGUGAGUAAAUAAAUGUUCAUAUUUAGUCUAGAACUACAGUAAGCAUCAUGUUCACACAGCAAGCAUAACAUCUCUGCACUUACUCCUGAUUUCUCUCAACGUGGCCACAUGAGAGCUGUCAGUCAAGACAUGGGAAACAAAGUAACUGGCAUUAUUUAUUUGAAAAAGUAACUCAAAUAUUUCGUUCUAAAUUAAAAAGUAAUGUGUUACUUUACUAGUUACUUAAAAAAAAUAAUCUGAUUACGUAAUUUGUGUUACUUGUAAUGUGUUACCCUCAACACUGACUGUAAUAUUAUGUGCUUUGUACUGUAGUUUCCUCCAGAGGUGGAAAGAGUACGAAAAUAUUUUACUCAAGUAAAAGUACCAUUACAUUAAUUAAAUUUUACUUAAGUACAAGUAAAAGUACCAGUCUAAAAAUCUACUUAAGUAAAAGUAAAAAGUAGCUCGUUUAAAAUUAACUCAGAGUAAAAAUUACUUGUUAACAGUGGGUGUCAAACUCAGUUCCUGGAGGGCCACAGCCCUACACAGUAUAGAUAUAACCCUAAUUAAAUACAUCUGAUCCAGCUAAUCUAAUCAUUUAGGUUUAUUUGAAAACUACAUGGUAUGUGUGUUGGAGCAGGGUUGGAACUAAACUCGUUAGGGCUGCGGCCCUCCAGGAACUGAGUUUGACACCCCUGGGAUAGGCCUAUAAAUCUCAAACUAGUUGUUUUUAAUUAAAGGAAUCAGUUAUUUAGAAUAAUAAGACAUUUGGGCUGUUACCAGGAAAAUUAAAUCAAUAUCAGCAAAAUUCAUCUUUACAAUGCAAAGGAAACACAGAAGCUUCAUCUGAAGUUGCAUUUAGAUGUAUUUACACACUGUUUAAUGCAGGACAUGAAUGCAUUUAACCUGCAGUUACAAAUGCAGAAAUAAUGUUUUGAUAUAUAACACAUAAAAUGUUGAAUACUCAUUUGAAAUUAUAUAUUUUUUUAAAAGGAACUGUUAAUAAGUGAGUCAUUGAGACUGAACCGAAUCAUUUAAACAGUUGAUUAAUUCAGGAACGAAACACCCUCAUGUUGCUCAGAGACGCAAAAUAGUGCUGUGGCUGUGUUUGGGGUUAUUUUUGUUAUCGAAAUAGAGCUAAAACAGGCAAUAUGGUGUCUAAAACGCAAGUCUCUUAAUUAACUUGUUUAUUGAACUAUUGUAAUGAAGAAGAAAAAUCUAUAUGUAAUCAUGCUGAUUUUUGGAGAAAAACGGCACUCUUCGUGUGAUAUUGAUUUACUAUAUGAAAUGAUAUAAAUAUUCCGUGAUCAUUUUAAAUGCAUUUAACACACUGAAUCACGCAGUGAAAGAACGCACUCUAAAUGCGCGCGCACACUGGUCUACUAGACUUCAAGGCACUCUAUAGGAGUGUUUUGUUCGGUUUUUGGCUAAAUACUGAUAAUGUCAAAUUGCACAUCGUUAGAACAACAAUUACGAUAUUAUCGCAGACGAUAUAUCGCAUACCCUUGCACCACUGUCUUUUUGGCUAAUUUGUGCAAAACCUUUUGCUAAACUGCCAAAGCUUCAUUUUAACCACCAAUGCAAUGAUGCAAGUAUUUAUACUUACCUCUACAUGCUUGCGAAGGGUUGAUGUCGAUAUUUAUAAGCUGCUAGUUUGGUUUCCUUAGGCAAACAGCUUACACUGCAUAAUAGUGCAUAAACAUGGCCAGGGGUUCACUUCAUUUCCUUCGAGUUCAACUUCAGCAGAAUACGACGGGGUUUGGUUUUCAGCUGGGUUUGCACCAUUAACGCCUGUCUUGUCCGUCUUUGUCUUUUUCUGAUUUUAGCAGUUUGUUCUCCUGCCCUUUAUUUACUGCAGUAGUUUCCAGGGAGCGAUUUUUUAUUUAUUUUUUACUCAGUAAUUAAUGUGUUUUAAAAUGUAGCGAAGUACAAUACUUCAAACACUACUUAAGUAAAAGUAAAAUUACAGAUUUUAAAAAUUACUUAAUAAUUGUAAUUAUUAAAUUACUAAUUACAAAUUACUAAUUACUGCGAGUAAAUGUAAUUCGUUACUUUCCACCUCUGGUUUCCUCACCGGUGAAUGAGACAUGAGGUAAUCUGACAGCGUUGCAUUCAACCCUCCACCAACGGUGUCUCUCAUCGUGUCACUGGUUAGCCUCUGGUUUACUUGUGCAUGUGUUCUUGUGUUUCGGAGGAGCCGUGGCUUUAGAGAGUGAUUUGCAGUUAGGGUGGGAUGUGCUUUCGAAGCUUGCUUGAUAUUGCUAGCCUCUCUGAAUUUUCCUACCCUACCUUUACUUUUAAAAAUGAUAUUUAAGUUCUACAUGAAUGUGCAACAUAAGUACAUUUAAAUAUAAACAAUGUAUAUAAUGUUUAAAAUUAUGUGUGUAUUUGCAUAUUGUUACAUUUUGUUGCAUAUUAUUAAAAUAGAAACCCUCAAGUCUCCUCUUCAA